AUGGCCCUGCCUGAGCAGAUCCUCGAAUUCUUGCAACAUUCGUGGACAGUCCUGCUCUUAGGAUUUCUCAUUGCUAGACUUUUGAUCAACAAAUAUGGAGGAAAUCUGAAUUCAAUCCCUGGCCCUUUCAUUGCAGGCUUCUCAAACCUUUGGCGUGUGCUAAACACCCUCCUUUCUAACCCAGCCGAGACACAAAUCUCGUUGCACCGAAAGCACAACUCGCGUUUUGUGAGGAUUGGUCCUCGUGUUGUGUCCAUUUCUGAUCCAAACCUCAUACCGACCAUCUAUGGGAUCAAGUCAGACUUCAAAAAGACCAAGUUUUAUUCCAUCGCCGAACUGUGGUACGAAGGUAGAUGCACGCCGGGUCUGUUUGAGAGCCGCGAUGAAGCCUACCACGCGCAAAUCAGGAAGCCUAUCGUGAAUGCAUACAGUCUGUCUACGAUCCUCGAGUUUGAGCCGGCGGUCAACUCGACUGUUGCAUUGCUUAUAUCUAAGCUGGACCAACUUGCUGCUUCUGGAAGGCCUCUAAACUUGGGAUUGUGGCUAUACCGUUUUGCAUUUGAUGUCAUAGGCGAAAUCCUGUUCAGCAAGAAAAUCGGCUUCCUCGAAUCGGAAGUUGACGUUGAAAGCAUCAUGAUUGGGAUUCGCGGCUUUACCAAGUAUUUUCAGUUGGCUGGACAAAUCCCAAUCGUGGACCGGUUUCUCUUAAAGAAUCCUCUGAUGCUGAAAUACGGGCCAACCAAUCCAAUAGUCACUUUCACACUCAACCGAAUAAGCGAUAGGGUGGCCUGCAGGACAAAUGAGGGUCAGAGAGAACGCGACUUUCUCGAGAGAUGUUUCGAAGCCCAAGCCAAAUACCCGGAGGCUGUGACGGACAGGAUGAUCAUGCUGUACAACUUUGACAACAUUGCUGCCGGGUCUGAUACGACCGCAUUGGCAUUGACUGCGGUCAUGUAUUAUCUUCUCAAGAACCCGGAAACUUUGCAAAAGGCCGUCGAGGAGCUCGAUUGUGCGGGGAAAGAGCCUGCAUCAAGGAAGCAAUACGCAAGUCCCACUUCUCCUGAAUCCUCCCAGAGACUUGUUCUGACAAUUACAGGCAUGCAUCCCCCUAUUGGCCUUAUCCUCGAACGAUACGUCCCAAGCGGAGGUACUUUCCUCGAGGGUCAUUAUUUCCCCGAAGGCACGACUGUGGGAGUAAAUCCAUGGGUUACGGCACGAAAUAAGGAAGUGUACGGCGAGGACUGCGAUAGUUUCAGGCCAGAGCGAUGGCUUGAGGAGUCAGAGGAACGACUUGCGGCAAUGGAGAGAGCCAACUUUGCGUUUGGUUAUGGAAAGCGUGGAUGCUUGGGUAAGAAUAUUGCCAUGUUGGAAAUUUCGAAGCUGGUGCCGCAGCUGCUUCGUCACUACACGUUCUCAUUCGCGCGUCCUGAUCUGGAGUGGAAGGUUCGUGGUGGCUGGAUGGUACGGCAAGAUGGUGUUGAAGUUGCUCUCAGAAAACGCAUCCGAGGACCAGACUAG